GGCGAGGCGGGCGGGCAGCGCUCCGCUCCCGGUCCCGCUCCGAUCCCGCUGCCGCCGCCAUGCCGCCGCCCUCCCUCCUCGUCCUCCUCCUCUUCCUCCCCGCGCUGCUGCUCCGCCGGGCGCUGGCCGCCGCAGGGCUGGAGAACAGCGAUGUGCUGCCCGACUCCUUCCCGUCGGCGCCGGCCGAGACGCUGCCACACUUCCUGCUGGAGCCGCAGGACGCCUACAUCGUCAAGAACAAGCCCGUGGAGCUCGUGUGCCGCGCCAACCCCGCCACGCAGAUCUACUUCAAGUGCAACGGGGAGUGGGUCAACCAGAACGACCAUGUCACCAAGGAGAGCCUGGACGAGGUCACUGGGCUGCUGGUGCGGGAGGUGCAGAUCGAGGUGUCCCGGCAGCAGGUGGAGGAGCUCUUUGGCCUGGAGGAUUACUGGUGCCAGUGCGUGGCCUGGAGCUCGGCGGGCACCACCAAGAGCCGCCGCGCCUACGUCCGCAUCGCCUACCUAAGGAAGAAUUUCGAUCAGGAGCCUCUAGGCAAGGAGGUCCCUCUGGAGCAGGAAGUGCUGCUGCAGUGCCGCCCACCUGAGGGGGUCCCACAGGCUGAGGUGGAGUGGCUGAGGAACGAGGACGUCAUCGACCCCAGCCAGGACACCAACUUCCUGAUCACCAUCGAUCACAACCUCAUCAUCAAGCAGGCCCGGCUGCUGGACACUGCCAAUUACACCUGCAUGGCCAAGAACAUCGUGGCCAAGCGCCGGAGCACCACGGCUGCCGUCAUCGUCUAUGUGAAUGGUGGCUGGUCCACCUGGUCCGAGUGGUCUCCGUGCAAUAACCGCUGUGGCCGGGGCUGGCAGAAGCGCACCCGGACCUGCACCAACCCCGCGCCCCUCAACGGCGGCUCCUUCUGUGACGGGCAGCCCUUCCAGAAAAUCACCUGCACCACCCUCUGCCCAGUGGACGGCGCGUGGACGGAGUGGAGCAAGUGGUCAGCGUGCAGCACCGAGUGCACCCACUGGCGCAGCCGCGAGUGCGCGGCCCCCGCACCCCGCAACGGCGGCAAGGACUGCAGCGGCGUGCUGCUGGACUCCAAAAACUGCACUGACGGCCUCUGCCUGCACAAUAAAAGAAUUCUAAACGAGCCCAAAAGCCACCUGCUGGAGGCCACCGGCGACGUGGCCCUGUACGCCGGGCUGGUGGUGGCCAUCUUCGUCUUCAUCGUCAUCCUCAUGGCCGUGGGGGUGGUGGUGUACCGGAGGAGGCGCCGCGAUUUCGACACCGACAUCACGGACUCCUCGGCCGCUCUGACCGGAGGCUUCCACCCCGUCAACUUCAAGACGUCCCGCCAUGACAACCCUCAGCUGCUGCACCCGUCCAUGCAGCCAGACCUGACGGCCAGCGCGGGCGUGUACCGCGGCCCCAUGUACGCCCUGCAGGACUCCUCUGACAAGAUCCCCAUGACCAACUCCCCGCUGCUGGACCCCCUGCCCAGCCUCAAGAUCAAGGUGUACAACUCCUCCACCGCCUCCUCCUCCUCGCCGGGGCUGCACGACGGCACCGACCUGCUGGGGGGGGUCCCCGCCGCCGGCACCUACCCGGGGGACAGCGCCAGGGACGGGCACUUUGCCAGCGUCAGGAGCAAAGGGCCGGGCUCCCAGCACCUCCUCAGCCUGCCCCGGGAGCAUGGCUACAGUGCCAGCGGCACGUUUGGCUACCUGGGGGGAAGGCUCACCGUGCCAGGCACAGGGGUCAGCCUGCUGGUGCCCCACGGGGCCAUCCCCCAGGGCAAGUUCUACGAGAUGUACCUGGUGCUCAACAAGGCUGAGACCUCCCUGCUGCCCUCGGAGGGCACGCAGACCGUGCUGAGCCCGGCGGUGACCUGCGGGCCCACGGGGCUGCUCCUGUGCCGCCCCGUCGUGCUGACCAUUCCCCACUGCGCUGACGUCGGCUCCUCGGACUGGAUCUACCAGCUGAAAACGCAGUCCCACCAGGGAAACUGGGAGGAAGUCGUGACCCUGGAUGAGGAGACCCUCAACACUCCCUGCUACUGCCAGCUGGAAGCCAAGUCCUGCCACGUCCUGCUGGACCAGCUUGGCACCUAUGUCUUUGUGGGGGAGUCCUACUCCAGGUCAGCCAUCAAGAGGCUCCAGCUGGCCAUCUUUGCCCCCACUGUCUGCACCUCCCUGGAGUACAGCCUCAAGGUCUACUGCUUGGAGGACACACCAGAUGCUCUGAAGGAGGUGCUGGAGCUGGAAAGGACACUGGGAGGGUACCUGCUGGAGGAGCCCAAGCCCCUGCCCUUCAAGGACAGCUACCACAACCUGCGCCUCUCCAUCCACGACAUCCCCCACGCGCUCUGGAGGAGCAAACUGCUGGCCAAGUACCAGGAAAUCCCCUUCUACCACAUCUGGAGCGGCAGCCAGCGAGCGCUGCACUGCACCUUCACGCUGGAGAGGUACAGCCAGGCCUCCACCGAGCUCACCUGCAAGAUCUGCGUCCGGCAGGUGGAAGGGGAAGGGCAGAUCUUCCAGCUCCACGUCACGCUGGGAGAGCACGGCAGCUCCUCCGACACCCUCCGCUCCCACCACAGCGGUGCCACCACCACCACCCAGGUGGGACCCUACGCCUUCAAAAUCCCCCUCUCCAUCCGGCAGAAGAUCUGCAACAGCCUGGAUGCUCCCAACUCCAGGGGCAACGACUGGAGACUUCUCGCCCAGAAGCUGUCCAUGGACCGGUAUCUGAACUACUUUGCCACCAAAGCCAGCCCCACCGGCGUGCUCCUGGACUUGUGGGAAGCCGAGCACCAGGACGACGGCGACCUCAACACCCUGGCCAGUGCCUUAGAGGAGAUGGGCAAGAGCGAGAUGCUGGUGGUCAUGGCCACGGAGGGGGACUGCUGAUGGUGCUCCCCACGGCUGGGGGGCCAGGAGGAUGAAGCAGGGGGUGAGGAAGGGUCCUCCCCCGAUGGCAGGGGAGGCACAUCCGUCCUGAGCGGGGAGGGGCCGAGGGCGGCGCCGGUCCCGCAUCACUGUCAGCCUUAGAGACCCAUCCUCAGCGUUUACAAGCAAUCCAAGUGUUACACAGCGUUCCUCCUCCUCAGGGCACGGGGAGGAAUUAGGGCUUUCUCCAGUCGGGAUGGGGGCUUUCCUUUUCCUUCUUCUUUUUGGGUUCCCUUCCUCCUCCUUUAAUAGCGUUGAAGAGACGAAUGCGAUCCAGGCUUAACUUCUGUCAAAGGCUUCAGGCAGCGUAAUGAGGCAAAUAGGAAAGAAAAAAAAGGAAAAAAAAAAGUUUCUUAGGAAACGCAAAUAAUUUAUUAUCCAGAUCUUUGGAUGUGUCCUUUUUAAAAAAGAAAAAAAAAAAGAAAAAAAAAGACAGAUUUAUAAAUCCCUUUUUUUUUCGGUGUGUGAAAGCAGGAGCGUCGCUGUGGUCAGGGUGGCAGAGAGAGAGAUUUCAAUGGACACACUUUUGUAGGGAAAAGCGUGUGAUCCAAGUUGAGCAAAACGUGUUUACAUGUGCUGGGACCCCCAGGGAGUCCAGAGGGUGAAGUGCCUCUCCACCCCUCUGCUUCAGGGCCAGCUCAGACCCUUCCCAAGGCUUCUGUCCCUGCAAACUCCCUUUUCCCUGGCAGCAGGAAUGACUGGUCCCACUCCACCUGCAAGGAGGGAUGAGGCAUGCUGCCCUUUGUGUAGGGUUCAGGGUGGGGAGAGUGCAUCCAGAGAUGGGUGUUUUUAAUGAAUUCUUCCCUGGCAUGGUUUGGGGGAGCUUUUUAGGAUGACUACGCCUUCAUUUCCAUAACUUCAGCACAAACCAAAGAUUUCAGUCCUGCGCCAACCUCCGGACUCGAGGCUAAAGGGGAGGGGAGGAUGAUGUAAACCCAGCAGGAUUUUGCAGUGAGCACCCCAAACCUGGCCUUGGGGGUCAGAGGGAGGUGAUGAGCGGGUGUGGAGAGGUCAGGGGAGGGCAGAGGCUGGCACCAAACCACCUCCACAUCAGGUCUGUGCACUCCUGCCUGGAUUUUGAUGCAGUAUUUCAGCACGGAUUCAGGGAGGGAUACUCUGGUAUUCCCAAGCUGGAAACCAGGCUGAGCAUUUUCACAGGAAAUCCCUCACUGCAGCUCCUGUUUUUCCCUGGAACAGGCUUUUUACAGCGAUGGAGAAGCUGUGGGGUGAAGGGAAAGUAACCAAGUGGUAGGCAGGAACGAGGUUCCUCACACAGAUACGGUGUCUUGAUGAAGGUAAAAAAUUUAGGUUGCCUGCAGGUAGAAAUAGUUACUCACUGAGUGCUGUAUCUUAGAAAUUUGUUUCAAAAAAAUAAAAAUAAAAUAGGGAGGGGGUGGUAAGCUCAGGAUUAGACUAGGUCACACGGCCAGGCUGUGGAUUCUCCAUCAGUGCAAGUAUUAGGAGCAUGUCCUGCUCUGGGAUAAGUGUCAUGGAAUCCCACAAAGUGCUGGAGCACACUCAGGGAGCCUGGGGAGCACCAGCUGCACAGGGCAGCUCGGGAGGAGCUUUCAGUAUUGCUGGGAUGUGGUAGGAUUCCUCUGGGCAGCUCCUGAGGCACUGAUGGAAAGCACUGAGCUGCUCCCCACUGUGUCUCAGGGUCCCUGGGGUUCACUUCUUGCUGGGUUUUCAAGGCUGUGGGAGAGAAGGGAUCUUUUCCCCUUGUGCUGGAUGGGAAAAGUGCUGCUGGGUGAGCUCCUGUGUCACAUGGGAAGGGGCUUAUCUAUCCUCUGGGUCGCAUUUGACCAUUUCUGAGACCCUCUGAGAUAAGGGAGAGUAAGCAGAUUUGGAGAGCAAUAAAGGCUCAAUGAGCAGUGCAGAUGGAUCAGUCUUUCUCAGCUGCAGGGUGUGCUCUGAGGGAUGAGAUGCUCUUUCAGGUCACACCUCGGAAUCUCUCUCACUCCCCAUUCUCUGGCUUAUGGCUCUGUCUGUCCAUCCAUCCAUCCAUCCUGCCUGUGGCUGCCUCUCUCCAUCCCCAUCCCUCUGUGUCCAUCCUCCCCUUCCUUUGGGCAGGCAGCUGGCUUGGCUGAAGUGCAUGUUUGGGGAGAUUCUCCUCAUUUUUCUAACCAGGGAACCUGCAGCAGGAGCAGGGCAGGGGGGAUGCAGGGUUUGCCUCCAGCUCCCAGGAGCCCUCCACACCUCCCUCCACACCCAGGGGUUUCUCCAGCCAGGCAUUUUGGCAAAGGCAGCCCCGUGGUCCAUGUCGUGCUGGCAGUGUCCAUCUCUUGCUCCAAAAUGUGUUUCCAUAUUUAUAUGUCCAGGGGAUGGCAUCCUCUAAACCCUCAUCUGUUUAUUCUGUAAACUAAAGAACUGUAAAUAAAGUUUAGCAUUCCUAUUGUAACAAAUUAAUUUUUAUGCAAUAAAUUAUAUUUCCUAGUCUAAUAAUAAAAAAAAACAAAACAAAACAAAAAAAAAAGGAAAGAAAAGCUUGCUCCUCUCCUGUUCAUCAUUCACCGAUUCCUGCUGCUUUUGGCAUUUGCAGGAGAUUGAUUGAUGAUUUUGAUGGUUUGUUUUGGGAUCCUAUGGGUGCUUCCAAGGUGGGAAACAAGGGCUACAGCUGUGGUUUGUGGGCUAAGCCAGCAUCUCAAGCAGCUCAUUCCCUUCCCCAAGGGAUAUCCUACAGAAUGCAAUGCCCCUUGCAGCAGAGACCAGGACUAGGAGGAUAAUUUAUUUUUUCCCCUGCUUCAGUCCCAGCAAGGUCACAAAGCCAGGAGGGUUUUCAGGGAGAUUCCAGGAGCCCACUGUCCCUGCCUGGGUCACUCAGCUCACCAGGAGGUGGCAACAUUGUCCAGGCUCUGGGCAGGAGAGGGAAUCCUGCAGCCACUGAGGAAAAAUCGGGAGGAGAUUGCUGCCCUGGGGCUUUCUCAGCUUUUCAGCUGAGGCAGAUGCCUUCUGAGAAGGGAUAACCUUUCCAGAGUGCUGGAAUGGUUUGGUUUGGUUUGGUUUGGCUUGCUUUGGUUUGGUUUGGUUUGGUUUGGAAGGGAUGUUACAGACACUCUUGUUCCACCCCCCUGGCCUGGACAGGGACACUUCCAUCAAAUCAGGUUGUUCCAGCCUGGCCUUGGACACUUCCAGGGAUGGGCCAGCC